CAAUUCAUGCCCAUGUUUGGUCGAUAUUCAGCCACAUUUGCUGCUGCAGUUCAAAAAUCCAGCAACAUUUCACAAACCUCUCAGCAAUAAUCCAAAUCCAUGGAGCUACCAACAACUCUCAAGAAUCCACUCCCUUCCUUCCCUCCUCCAAGAACUCCCAUCAAAAUCCCUAUCAACAACUAUACACUCCCUUCAUCCCCCAAUCCAAUCACACCAAAAACCCAUCUCAAAACAAAUCCAUACGAACCACCCACUCCCACAAUGUCCGACAUCUUGGCCGCUUCCAGAGCGCAGAAUCUGGACCUUCAGCUCCAGACGUUCGGCCCCUUUUUCAGGGUCACGGCUCGAAGCUUGGGGACCCGGAGGGAACUGGGCAGGGCUGAGGGGGUGAUUAGGUUUUGGUUUGGUGGGAAAAUUCUGCAUUUGGAUUCAAUGAAGCUGCGAAGGGAGACGGUGGGAAUGGAGAAAUCGAUAUUUGGGAUUGGUUUGUUUGUUGGAGCGGUGGCGAUCAGGCAUGGGUUUGAGUGUGGGUGCCGGAAGGCUGAGCUGCUCGCCAUCAAUGACACUCAUCUUUACCAUUCCAAGCUGGUGAGGUUUUACAAGAGAAUAGGGUUCAGGGAAGUGUACGAGGUAACAGGUUCAUCACUUGGAGAUUUCACCCACAUGCUGGUGUGGGGUGGCGUUGGAACUCGGAUGGACGCUGAUCUUCAUCAUCUCAUCACCAAAUGGUGCUCCAGGUUUAAACCCAAAUCAACUGUGGAUGCGGCCUAAUUUAAUUGAUAUUGAGACGUUAUUAAUUUAGAUUUAUGGAUUCAAAUCACACCCAUAAUAGUAGGUGUUGAUUAAAUAUAAUUAUAUGAUAUUGAUAAUUAUUGAUAUAAAUAUUUGGUAUUGAUAAUUAUAAUUGAUUUAUUUAUAUGUGCUUGAUACGUCAAAGGGUA